AUUGCAUUUUUAUAUUUCUCAAGGUGAAAAACCUGGAAAGAGUGUCCUCAAUAAAAGGAUGAAGGCUUAAAUUCCCUUCAACCAAAUUGUGCUUACUGACAUAGUUGACACUGCAAUUGAAGCUACAGAAAUGGCGGUUUCAUCAUCACAUACUCUAUUUUCACUUCUGUCCCCUCUUCGCCCUCGCUCAAUUGUCCCGGACACCAGUUUGCUUAGCUCUAAUCCUUCUCUCGUCGGUUAUCCUUUCACAGCCACCAAUCGUCGCCGUCCAUUCAUUAUCACCCACUCUUCCAAAUUAAGAAAUGAAGUAUCGGUCGAUAAGAAAAGACAGUUACUUGAACAAUACGGCCUUAAUCCCGAUGAGUUCUUAUCUGAACCAUCUCCAAAGACAAAGAAGAGAAAAGAACAAUCAAAGACCGGAAGGGGAAAACAGGUCCUAGAAGAAGAACCUAAGCCUCCGCGCGAGACACAUAAAUUGCUUCAGGUUGUUGGGGGGACGGCUCGAAGGAAGAAAUUGCUCUCACCAAAGAGCAUGGAUGUGCGUCCCAUGAUGGAAGUUGUAAAAGCUGCUGCAUUUGGUAUUUUGCAAGCAGCCGGAGGUUGCCCUGCAUCUUUGAGGCCUGGCCGUUGGUUGGACCUGUAUAGCGGGACAGGAUCAGUUGGUAUAGAAGCCAUCAGCCGAGGGUGUUCUGAGGUACAUUUUGUUGAGAUGGAUCCCUGGGUUGUUUCAGAUGUUCUGCGGCCAAAUUUAGAAUGGACUGGUUUCCUUGAUGUAUCAGUCAUACAUACUGUCCGCGUUGAAACCUUCUUGGAGCGGGCAGAACAUUUUCUUGGUGAAGGUGGUAUUUUUGAUUAUAUAAGUGUUACACCACCGUAUGCUGCAGUCGAUUACAGUAUAUUAAUGAAUCAGAUAUCAAAAUCAUCAAUAGUGGGAGAGAAUACAUUUAUAGUGGUGGAAUAUCCCUUGCGAACUGACAUGCUGGAUUCGUGUGGAUGCCUUGUUAAGAUAUCUGAUCGGCGGUUUGGUCGAACGCAUUUGGCAAUAUAUGGACCAAAGUGGGCACAAAAGAAGAAAUACGUAGAGAAGACAAAGAGAAAGCAGGAAAAGCUGGAUUUGCGUAGGGAAGUGGAGAGUUCGGCAUCUUAAGUUUAGCUACUGAGAAUUGCAUUACACAUCUUAUAGUCAAGAGAGGGUGUAAAAUGUUGUCAGACAGUUGAUUGCCCCAGUUCUCACCAUUUGUUCACAUGGUCAAUUGAUUCUUGGGGCAUCCUGCAUCCCGAGCUUCCCCGUUGGUAUGCCGUACUUGACUCUCUCAUAGUGAGCAGCCAUCCUUAAGAAGGCAUCACGAGUUUUCUGCAGGAUUUUGCUUGUAAAUGUAGAUUUAUGUUAGUGUUACCUAGUAUUUUAUACAAUGGAUUUUUAAGUUGUCACUUAUAUGGCCCUUGAUAGUGGUAGCUUUAGUGCACCGGGCUGCCCCUUUUUCUUUUCACUUAUAUGGCCCUUGCUUAACCUAUCCCUGACUGAAAUGUCUGCAUUAUUAUGCUAAUGGAUAACUCCAAAGAAAUUUAUUUUCAAAUUUCAAA